GUAGAUUGCCCAAAGGUGGACCACCAAAGCUGGCCCCCAAUGGGGGUGGGUGGGGCCAAUACAUUAUUUUAGACUCCUGGUAGGGACCCUUCUGUUGUUUUGUUGCUGCCCUGUGAUUAGCUGAGCCUGUUGUGGCUUUCCCAGGAAGACCCACAGCACACUAGCCUAGGUCAUUUUUCCUUAUUCUGGAGCCUCCUAGAGUCUGAAACUAUUUUGUCAAGGUGACCUAUGGAAGACGAAAACCCAACUGGCCCGCCAUCAGGACAAGGGUCGGAAGAAACAGGAGACGCCCCUCAUGACUUCCAGGCAGGGAGUUGGGAGGAAUCCUUGCCAAGGAGACCAAGAGAACAGGCUAGACAGGAACACAACGAGGGACAGGAUCAGACCCAGGGAGCCCAAAGGGAGGAGUUCCAGGAGGGAAUGGAGAGACUGCACAUGCUCACAGAAGCCUCAGGCCAGCUGAAGGCUAAAGCAUUGCUGCCCUCCAUGGAGUUAGAGAUGGGAGUCUGCCAGCAUCCCCCACUGAUGCCAGAGGGGGCUGCACUCUGCAAUGAGCCUCCAGCACUCUUGGCUACUUCCAAACAAAACACUAAAGCCUGCCAAUCCAGUAGAGAAAGGGUUGGGAGGCGCCAUGUCAAAAAUCAAAAACUUCACAGGAAAACAUUUAAAUGCUCAGUGUGUGGAGAAACUUUCAGGUGCUGCUCAUAUUUUACUAAGCAUAAUAGAACGCACAGAGGAGAGAAUCCAUAUCCGUGCUUGCAGUGGGGAAAGAGCUUUUCUCGUAUCUGGCACCUUAUUUCCCAUGAAAGAACCCACACAAGGGAGAAGCCAUAUACAUGUUUUCAAUGUGGAAAAAGCUUUGCUCAGAAAUCUCACCUUACUAGACAUCAAAGAAUCCACACAGGAGAGAAACCAUAUGCCUGCUUGCAGUGUGGGAAAAGCUUUGCUCAGAAAACUGAUCUCACUAGACAUCAAAGAACCCACACAGGGGAGAAACCAUAUGCAUGCUUGCAGUGUGGUAAAAGCUUUGCUCAGAAACCUCAACUUACUAGACAUCAAAGAUUCCAUACAAGGGAGAAAUCAUUUGCAUGCUUGCAAUGUGGAAAAAGCUUCUCUCAGAAAAUUGAUCUCACUAGACAUCAAAGAAUCCACACAGGGGAGAAACCAUAUGCAUGCUUGCAGUGUGGGAAAAGCUUCACUCAGAAAACUAAUCUCACUAGACAUCAAAGAAUCCACGGGGGAGAACCAUAUGCAUGCUUGCAGUGUGGGAAAAGCUUUGCUCAAAAACGUUAUCUUACUAUACAUCAAAGAAUCCACACAUGGGAGUAACCAUAUGCAUGUUUUCAGUGUGGAAAAAGCUUCUCUCAGAAAAUUGAUCUCACUGGACAUCAAAGAAUCCACACAAGGGAGAAACCAUAACCAUGUUUUCAAUGUGGGAAAAGCUUUGCUCAGAAACAUCUUCUUACUAUUCAUCAAACAACCCAUGAAGUGAAGAAACCGCAGACAUGCUUUGAUGGUGAAGAGAGUUUUUGUGACAAAUUGAGCCUUCAUGCACAUGAAAGAAGCCAUCGAAGAAAGAUAUUCUACAUAUGCUCACACUGUAGUAAGAUCUUUGGUGAUAAAUCAAGUCUUAAUGAACACAAGAGAGAAAAUGAACACAGGAGAGAAAAGUUCUUUGCCACUCGGAGUGCAGAAAGAUCCUCAGUAGCCCAUGCUACUCUUCUAUUGAUGGAAUCCACACAAAUAAAACUAUGUCUGUUUGUUCCAAUACAACUACAUUAUGAGGUGGGGAUAUUCUUUGAAGCAGCCAACAUUUCUGAGCCUUGGAAGUUUCAGGGUCUGGAGAAUAGCUUUCUUACAGGCUGCUCAGUGAGGAAUUCCAUGAGUUUUUAUCAUUUUUGAAGGUUUUAAUAGAGACCUUUAGUGUGCUGGGUUCAAUACUAUGAAAUGUUUUGAUUAAAAGGGGGGGAUGUGAUACGUGUAGCUUUUAGAAUUGAUGGAGUAAUUGCAGCUAUCAUUUUCUGAGAGAUCUGGGAUUCCUACCAAUAGAGAAGACCCAUUAUUCAGCUUGUACUUUAAGCUGUUCUGACACCUGGCGAAUUCUACAUCUGAUCAUAUCUCCAAUCCUGUAUCUUGGAAAAUGCAACUGCAGUGUGAAUUCAUGAGGAAGAAGAAAUUAUUUUUAAAUAUGAGGAUUGGAAUGUAUUUCCUCUGCUUAUAAAUAAAACUGGAUGUAUUUUUCUCA